UCAAUGGCCGUCAGCUUCAUCCAAAAUGAUCCAGAGAAUGUUACCCGAGAUAAGUUUACAGAUAUAUGGCUUUAACAUUGUGAAAGCAUGAUGCAGUGGCACAAAGCCGAUAGGAGUCGCAGAUAUGGAGUCGCUGUCUACAACUUCCAUCUGGACCGACGUCCCUGUCUGAAGCUGAGUGUGGGUGAAUCUGUGCACAUCUUAGAAGAGACUGAAGGAUGGUACUGGGGCUACACCACGCGGAACAAGAACCAGCGAGGGGUAUUUCCCAAAACCUAUGUACAUAUAAAGGAAGCAGCUGUGCUUACUACAGGCUCACUUGAGACCAUUGCACCAAAGGAGCUGCCAUUGUCCCAGGAGAUCAACUCUGUACUACGAGAAUGGCAUGUUAUGUGGAAACAGUACUUUGUGGAAAGAAAUCAGGAUUUUGGAAAAAUCAUGGAGAUGAUGCAAGAACUAAUUCACUGGCGACGCAAAAUAAUGUCGAGGAAGUUGACCGCGGAGGAGCUCCGAGACUUACAGCAGAAGAUAUCGUCAAAGAUUGAUCUGGGGAACGACAUGCUUGGCCUUGACCUUGUUGUCCGAGACGAUCAGGGAAAUGUCCUAGACCCCGAGUCAACCAGUGCUAUUAAUCUCUUCAAACAGCAUGAACUUGCAGCUGAUCGAAUCAAAGCAGAAAAGGUAAACACUGGCAAGGAGGAAGGACUCAAUCUCACAUGGCCACACACUUUUAACCUUUUUGUCAAACUUAGAAAUUUUGUUUGUCGGAUCGGCGAGGAUGCAGAUAUCUUGAUGAGCCUUUAUGAUGCCAAAUUUGGAAAAUUUAUCAGUGAAAAUUAUGUAGUGAAAUGGGCCAAGGGAGGAGGGGUACCAAAGAACUUAGAAAUGCUGAACAAUUAUAAAGUGGUGUUCACGGACUUAGGUGCUAAAGACCGACAGCGAGAAAAAGUAUUUUUAGUUUUUCAAAUUGUAAGAAUAGGGGUCAUGGAUACGAAAGAUGUAGACGACAAGAAACAAACGAAAGGGCUGAAGCGACCAUUUGGAGUAGCAGCCCUGGAUAUAACAGAAAUCAUGAAUGGCAAACAGGAGUGUUCAGAGGAGACACAGCAUUUCAUACCAUUUCAGCAGUGUGGAGAAAAGGAGGCGAUGGAAAGCUUGAUUCGGAAGGUGGUCGUUGCCAAGGAUAUUAACCAUAAAGGACAAGGUGUAUGGGUUUCUAUGAAGAUCCUGUCUGGUGACCCUAAACAAGUGCGAGAAGACUUUCCACACCUUGUUGGCCAGAACACACCUGUGUCUCGUAAGAUGGGUUUCCCAGAAGUCAUCAUGCCAGGUGACGUACGAAAUGACAUCUACAUCACAAUCAAGCAGGGAGAAUUCACACGCGGACCAACGAAAACAGCCGACAAAAAUGUAGAGGUCACAAUGGUCGUCUGUAACAAAAACCUGGAGAAAUUAAAGGCUGUUAUCAGCCAUGGAUGUGGAGGGGAACUGAUGACGGAGUACAGGACUAUGGUUUACUACCAUGAGGACAAACCCAAGUGGUAUGAGACUGUCAAGGUGGCUAUAUCCACAGAAGAAGAAUUUAGAGGAUUGCAUCUUAAGUUCUUGUUUAAACAUAAGUCAACAAGUGAAAACAAGGACAGAGCAGAGCGGCCAUUUGCUAUGUCUUUUGUGAAACUGAUGAACAAGAACCACACAACAUUAGCCGACACUGAUCAUAACCUGUUGGUGUAUAAGAUUGAGAGAAAACAUGAUGACAGUGACCCAUAUCUUGACCUGCCCUCGACACGAGAUGUUCUAGAUUCCCAGGACAUCCAGAAGGGAAGCAAGAUACCACUGUUCUCCGGGCCCUUCACACUCAACCAGAGGGACAGUUUCAUGGUCAACACAUUUGUCUGCUCCACCAAACUCACACAUAAUGUUGAUCUCCUGGGAUUGUUAAAAUGGCAGGAGAUGUUGAACGACACGUCUGUACUGCGGACUCACCUCGACAAACUGAUGCAUGUAGAUGGAGAGGAAAUAGUCAAGUUCCUACAGGAUCUCCUUGACUCUUUGUUCAACAUUCUGAUUGAGACAAACAUUUCUGAGAUGUAUGAUAACUUGGUGUUUGAGGCAUUGGUACACAUCAUUGGCCUGAUCUCAGACAGGAAGUACCACCAGUUCCGGCCUGUUCUGGAUGCCUAUGUAACCACCUCAUUCAGCUUUGCCAUGGCCUAUGAGAAACUGAUGUUGAUCCUGCGAGACUACGUUGACAGGGCCAUGGAGGUGAAUCAGAAAGUGUUGAUUAGAGCCAUGAAGUCACUGGAAUACCUCUUCAAGUUCAUAGUGCAGUCUAGGAAUCACUUCUCUGUGUUGAAUGAUGGCCGAGGUAAACAGCUGUUUGAGCUACAGAUGAAACAGUUAAUCCAGGCCAUCAGUGGUAUGAUGUUAUACACCAGUGACAACACACUCCUAGCCCAGGGCUCAGCUCUGAAGUACCUGUGCUCCGCUAUACCUGACAUCAUGCAUGUGUUUGACCCACUGGAGCUCAGUAAAUUGAUGGUAGAAUUCAUCAACAAUGUGCCAAAAGAACGACUGACGAAACAGAAGUUGAAGUGUAUAGAUGACCUUGUAUAUAGUGUGUUAUUUAAAUCAGCAGAUUGCCGUGCUAUCUUGCUGCCUAUGAUUCUGAAACACACAGGUCCUUUACUGGAGGAUCAGGAGGAACUGGAGGAUUGUGUAAAUGUACUCAGCAAUGUCAUGGAUCAGAUGCAUGACAAGAGCACGGGCCCCCACAGCAAUGAUAUAGGUCUGAUCAUGAAGGAAAACCUGAGGAUUGUGAUCCGCUCAGCUGUGUGUAUGGACAAGACUUCCAAAGAGGCGAGAAGAACCGAGAGUCGCUGUGUGGCUGUCCUGAUGUCCAUACUGAGAAAGAUGACAGAGAACCACUACCUUCAUUAUAUCCGGGAGUUUUCCUUCCUCACUGACUUACAGGACUUCCUCAUGGAGAUCCUUACGCUGUUCCAGGUCCUCAUCAAAGAAAAUGUGUUUGCACGUGACUGGCUAGCCAUGAUCAUGCUUCAGAACAGCAUCAUUCUCCGAGCUUUGAGGUUCUUUGCCCAGACUAUCUGUGAAAAGUUCACUUCAUCAUUUGAGGAACAGUUGUGGAGCUGUUUCUUCCAUUGUGCAAUAGCCUUCCUCACGCAGCGCCAUCUACAGCUGGAGCAGUUCUCCGUCUCCAAGCGCAACAAAAUUGUGUCAAGGUACAGUGACAUGCGACGUGAAAUGGGAUUUGAAAUACGUCAGAUGUGGUCAAGAUUAGGAGUGAACAAGAAAUACUUCAUCCCUACUCUAGUGGAGCCAAUCCUUGAGAUGACGCUGGUUCCAGAACUAGAGUUGCGAAAGGCCACUAUUCCUAUUUUCUUUGACAUGAUGCAGUGUGAGUUUACACAGGUAGAUCCAGUCACCAGAAAGAUCAAAGGCAACUUUGACCAGACGGAAAACGAGCUCAUCAUGAAACUGGAUGCCCUGGUGGAGGGAGGUUAUGGAGACGAGGAGUAUAUGGAUCUCAUCUACGAUAUAUUACAUCGAAUGUGCAAUGGUAAUGACGGGAUGCGGCAGCAGGGUCUGGCAUUUGUGGAUGUGAUCAAAAGACUAUUGCAGCGCCUCCUGGAGUACCGCAAGAUCAUUCAGUACGAGAGUAAGGAGCACAGAAUGAACUGUAUAGUGAACUUACUCAACUUCUACCACGACAUUGAUCGCCAGGAGAUGUACAUCCGCUACCUGUACAAGCUCUGUGAUCUUCACAUUGAGUGUGACAACUACACUGAGGCAGCUAAUACCCUUAUGUUACAUGUCAACCUUCUACAGUGGUCAGAUGAUAACCUGCCCCUCAUGCUCCAGAGUAACUGGUACCCGAACGUCCACACCCACCGCGGACUCAAGGAGAUGCUCUACUACGAUAUCAUCUCCUACUUUGACAAGGGCAAGAUGUGGGAGAAGGGUAUCUUGCUGUGUAAGGAGUUGGUUCAUCUGUACGAGAGCGAGCUGUUUGACUACGAGAGACUCAGCGUGAUACUGCGCCGACAGGCCGACCUGUAUAGCUGUAUCAUAAAGGAGUUGAGAGCAGACCCCGAGUAUUUCAGGGUCGGCUACUUCGGGCGCGGAUUCCCCGCAUUCGUACAGAACAAAGUGUUCAUAUACCGUGGCAAGGAGUAUGAGAGGCUGUCUGACUUCAAUGCCAGGAUGUUAAGCAUGUUUCCAAAUGCUGAGAUCCUGAAGUCCCUGUCACCUCCAACAGAGGACAUGAAGGAAUCCAAGAAGCAGUUUCUACAGGUCAAUGCUGUGACCCCUGUCCUGGAGUUAAAGGAUAGAUUUGUCAACAAACCAGUCAGCGAAAGGAUUCUAAAGUAUUACAACGUAAAUGAAGUGACUAAGUUCAUGUACUCACGGAGGAUGGAUGAGAGUAACAGCGAUAUCACAAAAAUGUGGCUAGAGAGGACAACAAUGGUAUCGUCUCACUCACUGCCAGGGAUAUUGUGUUGGUUUCCUGUUGUCACGACAACCAUGUACCAGGUGAGCCCUCUAGAGAAUGCUAUAGAGACACUUGAUGCCACCAACAAAAAGAUCAACCUCCUCAUAGAGCAACACACGACCGACCCCACCCAGAGUGCGUCCAGUCUGGGCAUGUUACUUAACGGUGUAGUGGACGCUUCGGUCAACGGAGGAAUCACCAAUUUUAAGAUAUUUUACUCUGACGAUUAUGGAGAAUCAGAAAAAGACAUGAAUCUUGUCAUCAAGCUGAAGGAGUUAACUUGUAAUCAGAUGAUCCUUCUCAGAGAGGCCUUGAACAUCCACAAAAAGAAAGUAACUGAUGAUCUAAAGCCUUUCCAUCUUCACAUGGAGCAGAGGUUCGAGGAGAUGUGUAAUCUCAUCAAACAGGAGUACAGUCUCAAGCCCCCAGAAAGUGCCUACAUGAGCACACUGAAGAGAUACAAGUCUAUGUCUGCCGUCAGCCUUAGUCGUGUCAGCGAGGCCUUCCUCACGAUGCCCUCAGACAAACAAAGGGUGUACUACAGAAGAAGUAACUACCCUGCUUCGGCCAGCAAGACGAUCCAGCCAGCCUCGCGAUCUCCAUCUGUGUGGGUGAAGGGUGACAAAUCCACCGGCUCUCCCUCGCCAAGCAAAGGCCUACAAAAAGUCAGCAACUUGGGUAUAUUUAAGCGAACGUCUGUAGCAGCCUCCUCUGACCACAGUAGUGAAGGCAGUAACAGCAAUAGGAACUCGCUUGAAGUUGCCUCCAUCAUUGAGUUGAAUGAGCAGGAACUGACGUUUCUUUCGUCAGGAAAUCAACGGAGAACUAGAUUGCCUAGUUAUGGUGACAAGAUCACACCCAAGCGACCUCUGCGCCCAGAGAACAACGAGAAGCGGCAGAGUCGAACAUACUCAAACCAGUUCAAAACGGAAUCCUUCACCACGCUUAAUAUCAGUACCAACAGUCUGGCCUCCAAUAAUACAGACACGAACAGCAGUAGUGACCAGGAGCAGACGGACACUUUGUUAGAGCCGCCACAGUUACCAGAGAAACACAACACCUGUUCAGAUUACUCCAACCUCUCCAACGACAUUCCAGAGUUAGCUGUGUCUCGUAACUCCUCUGCAGGUGUACCUGGACAUCGAAAAUCCAAGAUAUGGAUCAUGGAAUGGCAGUUUGUUUUAACAGGAAUGACCUUGUGUUCCUCUGCCCUCUCUACCUAAGGAGGAAGAUUUGGCACCCCCGCCUGUGCCCAAAAAACACACCACACCAAAGAUUAACAACAACCUCUCUGUCGACUGAUGCUUAUCUCCCUUUGAAUGACCUCUUCUCACAUUCUGUAGGAAUUCUUCAUUCUACUUGCUGUGUGCUCGGCAUGUACAGUGAAGAUGGUUGUUGAGAGCCUGCUGUUUUCCAGAAAGAAUUUCUUGGACUGUGCAUGAAGACUAGCUGUUCUUUAAAUCUGUGAUAGCUGAACCUUUACAAAAAGCUACUUCAGAAGUUUGUCUUUCAUGUCUCGCUUGAAUCUUCCAAGACAAAAUAAUUUUCCAGUAUGAUUUUAUAAUACUUACUUCCAGAUACAUUGCUUUUGGGGUAGUUUCAUGUUUUACAGUAUCUUGGUGAAAAUCGUUUUGUACUUCACCAGUCAAAAACAGCUCAUUAGGUUUUCUUAUUUAAUGUAUAAUGCACAAUGUAUAAGACUUCAAACGAACAUUUUAUCUUUCUGACAGAAAUGAGUAAUUGAAAUUCUAAAAGAUUACAUACUGUACAUACCCCUUAACUUAUCAUGUUAGUCCUAAUCUUUGUCAACUGAUUCAACUAACUCAGUCUAAAUAUCACUCCAUGUGUUCUAUAGUAUAAUAACACUCUGAAACUGAUGUUAAUAUCUUAAAAUUCCUGAUAUUAAACUGUGUAGAAGUUUGACUUGCACCAUUGUUGUGUUCAAGGUGUAAUUAAGAAACAAUGUUAUGAGCAGUUAUUUCUUAAAAACACUCCAUGCUAGUAAUGGCGGCGGUGAGUCAGAGUUUGCCAUCCUCUUUACACCCACAUGAUGUUAUAAUGUAGAACUUAUUACAGAUAUAAAAGACUUAAUCAAGCCUAGACUUAGCUGUAAUGUCACUUUUUUAUACCUAUAACUUGUAGUACUUACUAUUGGGGAGAGCUAUCUUCCCUGAUGGUGUUAUAGUUGAUCAAAUCACUCAGUGCAUCUUUGUUCCAAACUUCACAUUUAGUGAGAGUCUACAGCUGUGAAUUGCUACCUAAGCCCAAGUAACAUUCAAGGAAGUGCAAAGAUAAAAAGACUUUAAUUAAUCGUAGACUUAUACAUGUAAUGUAUCUUUUUAUAUUUUACAUCUGUACCUUGUAAUACUUACUGUUUGUUGUGUAUGUGAUGUAUAGAUGUGAAAGUGUUAUCUAGUAUAACUGGUAUCCUGUAUCAUAAAGGGUACCGAUUUGUAUAUAUGGACUUUACCCUGGUCUGUCGAGAGGUAUAAUAAGCCUCAUUGGAUCUUGGGUGUUUAGGCAAUUUAACAUCAAAUUGUUCUCAAUACCGAUUGAGGCUUAUACUCCAUAAACCUCAACGAAACAGAAUUAAGUCCAUAUAUUUACAUUUGGUGCAAUUUUCAUAUUUUUCAAAAAAAAUUGUAAGACAUCAGACUUGAGCAAGUCCAAAACCACAUAUGUGCCAGACCAUGUGACAUCAUCACUCGCUAUGUGACAUUGCCCUGGUAAGAUAAAUUGCUGUUUUGUGUUGAUUUCAACUUUGAAACAACACGACAUAUAAAUACAGGUUAUUUCAAUCGGAAACUUCUCGGAAAGACAAAUUGAAAAUAAUUCAUAAAUGGGACUACUGAGGGAAGCAGUUUGCUCUCAUAUUUAUUCGACAACUGGAAAGUUAAUUGAAAAGUAAACCUAAAUAUUAACUGCUUUAGAAGGUAUAUUGAGCCCAAGUUCAGUAGAAAUGUAAAUAUUGUAUCAUACAGGAUACUGUUACUUAUAAGAUGUAAAGCUAACAUUCCCACUGUAAUGUCUUACUGAAAUCUAUCCAUGUAUAUGUGGUUACAUUUGUGAGUAUAGUCCUAGAAUGUAUGUGUAUAGGAAGCUGUUUUACAUUUUUGAAAUUAUGAUGUUUUGUAAUAUGUCCUGAACUUUUUCAAAUGGGAUCACAAAUAUUCAGAGAUUCUCCAUGUUUGAACCAAAUUCUUGUUAUUGGUCAGAAAAAAAUCUUUUGACAACUUUGAAAUUCUGAGACAAUCAAAAAGAUACUGGUGCCAGAGUUAUGUCCCUUCGCUGGUCUCAUACAGAUAUGCCAGAGUUAUGUCCCUUCCAGUGAAGCACUAUGAUUGCAGUUGCAAACAGUGUCAACGAGAUUACUCAUUGAAGAAAUGGUCUGUGAGUAGUGUUUUUCUGACAGGGUGUGGUACAUAUUGAUAAGAUUGGUGUCACUUGUAUCGAAAUAGAGGGCUUUGUAAUAUCGCAUCAAGUGAGUAAAACACUUACCCGAGUAACUAUUGGUAGUAAUGAGCUUACUGGUAAAUCACUGAUGAUACAGGUCAUAUAGACCUUUUGAUUUAUUUUAAAAUCAUGAUAAAUAACAUUGUCAAAAACAAUAUUUGUCUUUGUUCGAAUUUUGGAGGAUUUGUGUUAAGUAUGUGGACAACAAUAUUUCUUUUUCUAAUUUUGGAAGAUUUUCGUAAAAUCAGAUAUCCCAAAAACAGCAUAUUAAUUGACGAAUUUGUAUCCAUUCUUGCCAUUGUAUGAUUUGUAGUAACAAAAUUUAGAUAAAAUUCUCUGAAACCAAACUAUAACUGUGACUGGACUGACGGUCCUGCUGAUUCCUUGUAUAUGUUAUAAACAAUAUUUCAGUAUCAGAAUAUUGUUCCUAUUGUGUAUGUAUCUAUACAUUAUAUUUAAUAUAUUUAAAAUCAGUGUCUGUUGUAGACACCCUAUUGCUUACAUGUAGGCUAUGUGUUCAAUAGCUUUAUUCAGAUCAUUUAAAUCUUUGUACUUUGAACAAUGUUAUAAAAGUAGAAUAUAGAAACAGAAACUUCUACAAUCUGAAUUGUUUAUUAAGAAAUUCAUGUUUAGAAUUUUCAUGUACCGGUAUUUCUCACUCGAUUUAGAAACCAAAUUGUCUAGACAGUAAGACACAGAUUUUACCAACAUCUGUCAUAUUUGUAUGAUAGAUAAGUGGAAAUUAUUUGGUGCAUAUGUCCCUUGUUUGAUUUGCUACAUUGUAAAUGUUCCCCGAGAAUGAAAUUUGAUUGGAUGAUCAUUGGAAUUAAUGUGUAACUUAGUCAUGAUAAAGCAGUGUGGAAUUGUGUAGAUCAGUCAAUUUCAGGAAAAUUUCAUCGUUACUUUACUGACAACCUAUUCCACACAGGGGGAAAAAAUCAGUUACACACAGUGUGAUCCAUAAUACACUUUUCUUGGAUGAUCCCCCCCUCCCAAAAAAGUCUAAUAAGGUGAAAGUGAAUUGGUCUACAGUUCCAGGUGCAUCAUGGGUAGAAUUGUGUGCGAUAAUAAGUCGCAACAUGACUGUUCCUAAAUGGUAUACCAGGUGGUAAGAACUGAUAUAUUAACAUACAAACAAUGUUAGAAUCAGACAUUAAUUGUUUUCCAUGUUUUCUAGUCAAACUGUAGAAGGCAUUAUGAAAUAUAUGUUUCAGAGUGUGUAAAUAUGGCAGAAUGGGAGACUGAUUGGAAGUCUCCUCGCUUUUUAUAUGUUUUAGAGUUUUGUAAAUAUGAAGGAUGAGAUAUUUGUAAAUAUUGAAUACUGAGAUAUUACAUUUUUAGAUCUCCUCACUCGGCAAGUCUCGGAGAUUGUAAUAACUACUGGACGGUAUGGCAGUUGACCAUGUCGUUGCUAUAAGUGGCCUUCAAUGCUCCAAUGCAUACUGUUUAGGCUUCCAUGUCAUGAGCGAUUGUUUGUUGCUUGUGUUUGAUCUGAUCAUAUCUUGAAAAUAAACUUGUCAAAUAUUGAAUUUUCAGUAAUAUGAAAGGUUUUCCUUGGACUAAAAUAUGACUGUAAUUUCUUGCGCUUUUCAACAAUGCCUACUGACCCCUCGCCCUUCCCCCCCAUAGCUGAGGAAUUACCCCGGUUACAAAAGGCAUAAGCCGUUAUACAAUAAUGUAUGUGCCAACGAUCUGUCACUCUUCCAGGGGUCCUACAUCAGAGUCUGCACUUGGCCUGGCAGAAUGAACCAAUUAAACAAUAAACCAUUUCAUUUUAAAAUGUUCAUGUGUGAAUCCCCCCUCCCCCCACUAUUGUGUUGAAUACAUAAUGUAUGUGGCAGGUGUAAGGGUUCAAAGUGGCUGUCUGAGGGCAAGUAGUUGGAGAAAACUAUUGAAAAUUCAAUUUCUUAAUUGGAUUCAAAGAAUCUUAAUUAAUCUUGAGUAUUUGUGUAUGGUCUGUAGCAGCUACAUAGUGCUGCCUUUUGUAAUGUUUAUAAAACUGUGCCAAUAUAACUUGUACUAGUACAUAUACACCAAGUACAUGUGUCAGGAAGGAAGAAGAGUAUCUCCGUUAGUAACGGCUAUACUCUCAGACACCGAGAAGUUUGAAAAGAAAAUUAGUGUGGCUUUCAUACUAAAGAAAUCUUUAACUUCAAAUAAAAAAAAUCUUGCAUAUAAAAUGUAUAUUGUGAUAGUAAUAUUUACAAGGACUAUUUAUAUUUCUGCUGUACUAUUUAUGUAUGGUGUUUUUCUGUACAUUAUAAUGCCCCACUUUUAACUGUUGCUUUGUAAAACAUUAAUCUUACAGGUGCUUUGUUUUAUCAUCAGUCGGCUCCUCAUUAUCUAUGAUCAUUUUGUACAGUGUUUUAUCAUUACGGAAUCUAAUAAAGCAACAUUUCUGAUGAAUUUGCUAUAUAUAUCUGCUAGCAGAUGUUUAUUUUUCACAUAUAUUGUAAUAAAUUUGUUAGCGGUCAGCUAGCUGAUAUUAUUGUCGUGCAGAUUUUGCCUGGCGGCAUUUUUUAUUUUUGUAUAUAUAUGGAGCUGUGGGCCAUACCUGUUUUAUGGUAAGAGCUUGGCAGUGUGUACUACAUCAAUAAAUAUCUACAUACAUAUGUU